CACCCCGGAGUUUGAACACAUGCCGCCUGCUGGCUGGGGGUCCAGCUCCAGAGAAUCCCGGGAUGCCGUCAGGAGGACCAGGAAGUGCCAGGCAGGUGUGGCUGAGGAUUCCCAGGAAGUUGCCCCGCAGGCAAGAGUGCCUGGGACCUGUCUGCUCACCAUUCGCAUCCUGCAGGCCCAUGACCUGCCCUCCAAGGACCUAGUGACCCCCUCCGACUGCUACGUGACUCUGUGGCUGCCCACAGCCUCCAGCCACAGGUUCCAGACACGCACGGUCAAGAACAGCAGAAGCCCCAUCUGGAAUCAGAGCUUUUACUUCCGAAUCCACAGGCAGCUCAAGAAUGUGGUGGAACUGAAACUCUUCGACCAGGACCUGUUGACCAAAGAUGACACCAUAUUGUCAGUGCUGUUUGACACAGGGACCCUGCGGGCCGGGGAGUUCCGGCGGGACAGCUUCUCACUGAGUCCUCAGAGUAAGGAGCGGCUGGAAGUUGAAUUUCGGCUACAGAGUCUAACAGAAUGUGCUGAGCAGCUCGUCAACAAUGGCAUCCUGGUGGCCCGGGAGCUCUCCUGCUUGCACGUCUGGCUGGACAAGGCAGAGCACCAGAAGGAGUCAGAGGGCAGAGUUCAGCUUGUGGUUCCCGGGUCCUGGGAAGGUCCACAGGAGGCCUCCAUCGGCACUGGUUCCUUCUGCUUCCACUGCCCAGCCUGCUGGGAGCAAGAGCUGAAUAUUCAUCUCCAGGAUGCCCCCCAAGAGCAACUGAAGGUGCCACUCCGGGCCGUACCCUCCGGCCAGCUGGUGAGGCUCGUCUUCCCUACAUCCCAGGAGCCCCUGAUGAAGGUGGAGCUGAAAAAAGAAGAUGGGCUGAGGGAGCUGGCCGUGCGGCUGGGCUGCGAGCCCUGCGCUGAGGAGCGGGCCUUCCUGAGCAGGAGGAAGCAGGUGGUGGCCAAGGCUCUGCAGCAGGUCCUGCAGCUGGAGGGAGACCUGCAGGAGGAUGAGAUCCCAGUGGUAGCUGUAAUGGCGACUGGCGGUGGGAUCCGGGCCAUGACGUCCCUGUAUGGGCAGCUGGCCGGCCUGAGGGAGCUGGGCCUCUUGGACUGCAUCUCCUACAUCACAGGGGCCUCAGGCUCCACCUGGGCCUUGGCCAACCUGUAUGAGGACCCAGAGUGGUCUCAGAAAGACCUAAAGGGACCCACUGAGUUUCUGAAGACCCAGUUGACCAAGAGCAAGCUGGGCGUGCUGGCUCCCAGCCAGCUGAGGCGGUACCGGGAGGAGCUGGCUGAGCGAGCCCACCUGGGCCACCCGACCUGCUUCACCAACCUGUGGGCCCUCAUCAACGAGGCGCUGCUGCAUGAUGAGCCCCAUGACCACAAACUCUCAGAUCAGCGGGAGGCCCUGAGUCACGGCCAGAAUCCUCUGCCCAUCUAUUGUGCCCUCAACACCAAAGGUCAGAACCUGACCACCUUUGAAUUUGGAGAGUGGGUCGAGUUCUCCCCCUAUGAGAUUGGCUUCCCCAAGUAUGGGGCCUUCAUCCCCUCUGAGCUCUUCGGCUCCGAGUUCUUCAUGGGGCGGCUGAUGAAGCGGCUCCCGGAGUCCCGCAUCUGCUUCCUGGAAGGUAUCUGGAGCAACCUGUAUGCAGCCAGCCUCCAGGACAGCCUAUACUGGACCUCGGAGCCCAGCCAGUUCUGGGACCACUGGGCUCAGAAUCGGGCCACCUUGGACAAAGAGCAGGUCCCCCUUCUGAAGAUAGAAGAACCACCCACAGCCUCUGGCAGGAUUGCUGAGUUUUUCACCGACCUUCUGACGUGGCGCCCACUCGCCCAGGCCACCCACAAUUUCUUGUAUGGCCUCCAUUUCCACAAAGACUAUUUCCAGCAUCCUCACUUCUCUACCUGGAAAGACACCAAAUUGGACGGCCUUCCCAACCAGCUGACGCCUGCAGAACCCUACCUUUGCCUGCUGGAUGUUGGCUACUUUAUCAACACCAGCUGCCCGCCCCUCCUGCGGCCCACACGGGAUGUGGACCUCAUCCUGUCGCUGGACUACAACCUGAAUGGAGCCUUUCAGCAGCUGCAGCUUCUGGGCCGGUUCUGCAAGGAGCAGGGGAUCCCGUUCCCACCCAUCUCGCCCAGCCCGGAGGAGCAGCUCCAGCCCAGCGAGUGCCACUUGUUUGCAGACCCCGAGUGCCCAGAGGCUCCUGUCGUGCUGCAUUUCCCUCUGGUCAAUGACUCCUUCCGGGAGCACUCGGCCCCUGGGGUCCGGCGCACACCCGAGGAGAAGGAGGCUGGGGAGGUGAACCUGUCUUCCUCCGACUCCCCCUACCACUACACGAAGGUGACCUACAGCCCAGAGGACGCGGACAAGCUGCUCCUCCUGACGCACUACAACAUCUGCAACAACCGGGAGCGGCUGCUGGAGGCACUGCGCGAGGCUGUGCAGAGAAGAAGGCAGCGCGGGCCGCCCAAGCCCGAAUGAGCCCCGGGAGCCAGGAGCCCUGUGGCCUCGGCCGGCCCCGCCCCAGAUGCUUCCAGGCUCACUCCAGGUCUGCUCUGCAGCUGGUGCUGCAACCAUCACCACCACCCAGCGCUCCAGGGCGUCUGGGGCUUGGAUGGGCCAGUCAUGUCCAGUCCUGAGGAGCUCCACCAAGGGUAAGCCCAGAACUGCCCCAGAUGUGGUGCUGAAGCCGCCAGCAAACCCGGCACUGGGUCCCAUUUGAGCACCAAAGCCCGGGCAGCUGGUAGACUGGGCCCCUCCCUCCUUCAGCAGGCCAGGAGGGAGGCAGAGUACCCUCACCGCUGGGCCCUGGGUCCCCGUGGAGUGGGAAGGACUUGGGGUUCAGAGGUUCUGUGGCAGCCCAGGAGCGGGAGGGGGCUGGAGGGAAGGGUGGCUGGAACCCAGAUCAUAUUUGUGGAAGUCAAAGCCCCGUGACCUGUGUUUGUCCUUCUUUCCUUGCUACUGUGAGUGGUUGUACAGUGUGAAAUAGAGCACUUUAUAUUACAGAGGCUCAUACAAAUAUGAAGCUUUCUCUGUGCUUAUCUGCCAUUGCUGCUAAGAAGACGCCGGCCAUUCCAGGCUCUUGGUUGCGCAUUGCAAGGCUGGUUUAAAAAGCAAAGCAACAGAAUGUCUCCCAGGUACCUCAAAGAGCUGAUAGUCAGCAGGGGUAUCCCCUGGAGAGCGGAGCACUUGGCUUACGUCCCUGGUGCCCUGCGCUUGGUGCCACCCUUUCCCAGCAGGGAGGAAAACGUUAGAGGAAGUCAGCUUGGCCUGGAGGUCUCUGUUGCCAUAACCUCUGGCCCUUCUCAGCUGGGCAGACUCGCCAGCAAUGGCAGCCAACACACCUGUCCUCUUCACCCAGCCAGGGACUGUGGGGUGAGGCCAAGGACUAAGUCACAGGGCUGCUUCCAGCCACGCCUGGGGCCAGAUGAGCCAAAGAAAGAGACCAGCACUGUUUUAAUUUCCUGGCUACUAAAGCAAAUACCAUGCAAUGGGCUGGCUUAAACAAUGGGAAUUUAUUAG